CGGUCGAUGUGUCAAAUCGAAACUUUUUUUUUCUCCAGCCUGCGGAAAUCGGUGUUUCGGAGCCGAAAUAGUGGCCAAAAUGGUUCCAAUCGCUUGAAAUUCCACCCAAAGCUAGUGUCCGCGAGUGCCCCAACGUGUCCGCGUUCCGGAUUGACCGGAGUUUGCGAAGCAAGGUGUGAUUUGUGGGAGUUUUCAACGGGGACAAAAGUGCUACGUCAAAAGUGGAAAAGUCAAAGAAAAAAACACCAAGUUCCACGAAGAAGCAAUAAGAACCGUCGCGAGGUCCGCGGAGGCCGGAGAAAAUAGACGGGAGGGCAGAGGGCUGCCGUUACUUCACGACAAGGGGAAUCCAUUUGCGUUGCCUCUCAAGUUUUUAAUCUGGGCACGGUUUAACGAAGCGAAAACAAUCCGAUUCGGUGGCCACACCGAAGGAGGACGUGGAGAAGUGGAAGAGUUGGUUGGCCCCAAGACGUAAUGGCGAAGACAAGUUCCAGAACAAACAUGGGACCGCUUGCCGGCAUUUUGCUGGUGACGGCACUGCUUUCCGGACCGGCGAGUGCCUUCUAUCUGCCCGGAUUGGCCCCGGUCAACUAUUGCCGGCAGUCGGAGAUGCAAAAGUCCUGCAAGUCCGAGGUGGUCCUGUACGUGAACCGGCUCAACACGGAGGAAUCGGUCAUCCCGUACGAGUUCCACCACUUUGACUUUUGCCCGAUCGACGAAGCGAACUCCCCGGUCGAAAAUCUCGGCCAGGUCGUGUUUGGCGAGCGCAUUCGGCCCGGUCCGUACAAGAUCGAGUUCCUGAAGCCGAAGACGUGCGAGAAGGCGUGCACAAAGUACUACACCGGGGGCGAUCCGGACAGCGACCGGCGGCUGAUGAUCCUGAAGAAGGGCAUGAGCUUGAACUAUCAGCAUCACUGGAUCGUGGACAACAUGCCGGUGACGUGGUGCUACCCGUUGGACAACGAUCGGCAGUACUGCAGCACCGGGUUCCCGAUGGGAUGUCUGGUGCGGAGACAUCCGGACGGAGACGAGGGUUGCAUGGUCAAUCCGAGCUACAACAAGGCCGGUUAUUACUAUCCGUUUAACCACGUUGACUUGACGAUCACCUAUCACAGCGGAGCCACCGAGGAGUGGGGUGUGGCGUUCAAGCAGAACGGUGGACGUAUCAUCUCGGUGAAGGUCGUGCCGUCGUCGAUCAACCACAAGAACCCGGACCAGCCGGACUGCACCAGCAAGGACCCGAUCGAAAUCCCGUCGAGCGCCCUCCCCAACGGACAAAAGAUGAACAUCACGUACACGUACUCGGUCAAGUUCAACCCGAACAACACGAUCAAGUGGUCCUCGCGGUGGGAUUACAUCCUGGAAUCGAUGCCCCACACCAACAUCCAGUGGUUCAGCAUCCUCAACUCGUUGGUGAUUGUCCUCUUCCUGUCCGGCAUGGUGGCCAUGAUUAUGCUCCGCACGCUCCACAAGGACAUUGCCCGCUACAACCAGAUGGACUCUGGCGAGGACGCCCAGGAAGAGUUUGGCUGGAAGUUGGUGCACGGUGACGUGUUCCGGCCUCCGCGCAAGGGAAUGCUCCUGUCGGUUCUGCUCGGCUCGGGCAUUCAGGUGUUCUGCAUGACGCUGGUCACGCUGGCCUUCGCCUGUCUCGGAUUCCUGUCGCCCGCCAACCGAGGUGCCCUCAUGACCUGCGCAAUGGUACUGUUCGUGCUGCUCGGAACACCCGCCGGGUACAUCUCGGCCCGCAUCUACAAGAGCUUCGGUGGCAUCAAGUGGAAGAGCAACGUGCUGCUGACGUCGAUUCUGAGUCCCGGAAUUGUCUUUGGACUGUUCUUCGUGAUGAAUCUGAUCCUGUGGAGCAAGGGCAGCUCGGGAGCGGUGCCCUUCUCGACGCUGAUUGCGCUGCUGGCGCUCUGGUUUGGUGUUUCGGUGCCGUUGACCUUCGUUGGGGCGUACUUUGGAUUUAGGAAGCGGUCCCUGGAGCACCCGGUCCGCACCAACCAGAUCCCGCGCCAGAUCCCGGACCAGUCGAUCUACACCCAGCCCGUGCCCGGCAUCAUCAUGGGCGGCGUCCUGCCCUUCGGCUGCAUCUUCAUCCAGCUGUUCUUCAUCCUGAACUCGCUCUGGUCCAGCCAGAUGUACUACAUGUUUGGCUUUCUGUUUCUGGUGUUUUUGAUCCUGGUCAUCACCUGCUCGGAGACGACGAUUCUGCUGUGCUACUUUCACCUGUGCGCCGAGGACUACCACUGGUGGUGGCGAUCCUUCCUCACGUCGGGCUUUACGGCGGUCUAUCUGUUCAUCUACUGCUGUCACUACUUUGCCACGAAGCUGCAGAUCGAGGACGCCGCCUCGACCUUCCUCUACUUUGGCUACACGCUCAUUAUGGUGUUUUUGUUCUUCUUGCUGACGGGGUCGAUAGGCUUUUUCGCUUGCUUCUGGUUCAUCCGCAAGAUCUACAGCGUGGUCAAGGUGGACUAAGGAAAGUGACGACCCUCCCUUCUUUUUCCCCAAUUAUUCUCUAUUUUUGAGAUAAUCUUGUCUACACUUAAGCUUAUUAUUUAAUUACGUGCAAAAGUGAGAGAAAGAAAGAGACGAACGAUCCGCAAAAAGUUAGUAACACUUACAAGUAUAAUUCACACUGAUUUUUAGGAAGCGCGCGCGUUGCAGCAAACUAACUAACUAUUUAGCAAGCCAGCAGCUGCACCCCCAAAUACUUGUGUAAAUUUAGGUCACAAACACACACACACACAAUGGCACAUCCAACAGAGAAGAAGAAAGGUAAUAAUAAAAA